UCGCGCGGUUCACAAUGCGUAUACGUAAUGUUUGGCUCCUGCUCCUGCUGUUCGUCCUGUCGUCCCUGCGCAAGGAUCGUGCGCUGGCUGGUGAUGUCUAUCUGAGCUGCGACGAGUUCGAGCAGCAUCUGUACUUGGAUCCCGGCGAGGCAUUCUGCACGGUGACCGGCUUAAUAGUGACCCACAGCCAGAACGUGGUGGUCCAGAACUAUGUGCCGGACAACAUGAUCAAGUUCAUGAAGUUCUACGACUCGACACUGCUCUAUGUGCCCUUCCAUCUGUUCGAGAUGUACACCCACCUGAAGACCCUGGAUGUGUCCUAUACGGGCAUUCUGGAGCUGACGCGAAACACCUUCAGCAGGGCGAGCAACCUGACCUAUCUGAACUUGAGCUACAACAACUUGACCUCGGUGCAGACGUCCGUGUUCAUCGGAGCCAAUGCUCUGAUGCGCCUGGAUUUAUCGUACAACAAGAUAACACAGCUGAGUGAGAAUGCGUUUUGUGGCCUGAACAUUCUGAAUAAGCUGCAGCUGACGGGCAAUCGUCUCAGCGAGCUGCACAAGGACAUCUUCAAGGACAACGAGUAUCUGGAGUCGGUAUCGCUGGAGAGCAACGCCCUCAGCUAUGUCCAGCCGGAGGUCUUCAGUCGCAUGCGUCGCAUCAAAGAGGUGAACCUCUCCAAUAAUAAGCUAGUCCGCAUUCAUCCGGACACAUUCACGGAGGCCGCCAGCCUGGAGAGCCUGCUGCUGGCCACCAACUCGCUGAACACCUUCCAGCUGACCAACAAGAGCAUUGUCCAUCAACUGCAUCUGGACUACAACCACUUGACCAAUCUCACCGUGAAUUCCACCCGCUUUGUGCGCGCCAACUACAACAACAUCAGCUCCAUACAGAUGCACCAGGCACUGCAGCUGGAGACACUGGAGCUGCGCGGCAAUCGACUGGCCAGCAUAGCGAAUAUAACCAAUCUGACAGCUCUGCUGCAUCUGGAUCUCUCCUAUAAUCCCAUUGGACCACUGGGUGUGAACACUUUCGAUCAGCUGAAGCGGCUGCGCAAUCUUUACCUGCGCUCGAUUGGCGUGCGCGAGCUGCAAUUCGGCAUGUUCUCUAAGCAGAAGCAUCUGGAGAUUCUCGACCUGUCGUUCAACAAUAUGACGAGCCUUAAUUUGGAUCUGUUUGUGCCCUACCUGGCCAACCUCAAGCAGUUCUUUGUGGACGGCAAUGCGCUCAGCGAGGUGCAGGGCAAUCGCAGUUUCACACAGGCCUUUCCGGUGCUCCAGAAACUGGGCAUCUCUCGCAAUCGCUUCAAUUGCUCCUAUCUGCACCAUCUGCUUAUACCGCCCUACCUAACCGAUACGGUGAUCCUGCACAUUGAGCCCGACGACAGCACAGACGAGACGCCGCAUAUACGUGACGUCUCCUGCAUCAGUCUCUCGGCCAGCCAACAGGCCAAUGCGCAAUCUGCCGCAGCGAUUGCCCUCGAGGAACCCAUGCUGGCGCUGCACAAACAGCUGGAGCUGUUGCGCGCCCACUCGCAGAAUCUGGAACUGCACUUGCUCUUCAUGAAGCUCUUCUUCUAUGCCAUUGGGGGUUCGAUCCUGAUAGCUGUGGUGACCCUGGUCACACUGCGCGUCCGCAAGGUGCGACGCUCGGGUCGAUAUAAUCGCAGCAGCAUUGUCUUCCAGUCGACAGCCACAAUGGAUGCGAAUCUGAAUCUGUGAGUGGCCUAGCAUAAUAUUUAGCCUAAGCCAAAAACAAAGCCCUAUACUUAAGAUAUACGAAUUGCAAUUUAAAAAUAAAUGUAUGAAAAGACUUCAA